AUGACAAAAGACAGCUCGCUGCGGUGGGCGUUGCAUCCGCAACGUAAACGCAAGUUUUUCACGGACCUAGCGCAGCUACUGGACGAGGACCCUCCGGAGAUCCGCCCGUUGAAAGACGCCUUCUUUGGCAUCGAGCUUCCAGGGGAUUUCACAUCUUUACCGUCUUCCAGUCCACAGGAGAACAACGCAUCGCAGGCGCCCUUCGGACCAUCUCACUCGCUCACCAGCGACUCAUUUGAGUCAGUCGAGUUUGGUGCUCCGCACACCCGAUCCAACAGGAGUAGUAACUUUGGAGCGAGCCAACAGAGCUCAUCGCACAAUGAAUCCAUGGCAGACAGUAUGCUAUUUCUGCCGAGUGUCACGAGUAACAACAGCCAGAAGCGGAAAGACCAGCACGUACGCUUCGACGUGCGUCUGGAGCUUGUGGACUACUAUGACGCUGACCGUAUGUGCGAGUUGUCACCUUGCUGGAUGCAAAGUGAUGGAUCGACUUGUGAGAUGCACCAAGGUCCUAUUCGACGACCUAUGCUUCUGUUCUGUCUACAGGCGAUGGAUGAGUUCAUCGCGAAAAGUGAGUGGCUAGGCCAACAGCCAUGGCGUGUGCAAGUCUGUAAACUUGCCCGGAGAGUUUUUACUGCCAUGUGGGAGGCCGAUGUGUUGGGUUCAGCAACAUCGGAGUCAGAUAUAUUCCUAUCCGACUACGUGUCCAAAAAGGCGACGAAAGUAGGCGUGACGCUUGAUGUCUGGCGAAUCAUCGCACGGUACUGGGACAAAUACAAACAAAAUUAUCUUCACCAGCAAGAAUUGUAUUUCACCGACGCUCCUGGAGGCGGAUCAACGCAUACUGCAUCCAAGUGGGAUCAAUUGCGAAUGCUACUCAGCAUAUACGGGAUGAAAUCAAGUCAAGCAUUACGUCUGGUGGAACAACAGGGAGGUGACCAGAUUAAUGUGUAUGAACUAACAGACAAGAAGCUUUGUGUCGUGACUCAUGGACUUCAAUCUAUCGAGCAAUUGCGCGUCGGGAUGGAAUAUCUAGGUCGCAAGGAUGCUGAAGAUUCUACUGCCAUGGUUCGACGACCCAUGACCAGCCAGCAAGACGGGAAAACAGCAUUCAAUGCUAUCCUUAUCCAUCUCACGCAGUGGAAUGAAGACGUGCAGGUAUUUCCAUGUGGCUCUUUCUCACGAGGUGCCGCGUUCAUCUCUGUUCUCGACAUUCUCGUCGCAGAAGUGCUAGCAGCUCUGACAGCUGCAAAUGUGAUUCAAGAAGGUGGUAUGCGACGACUUUCAAGAACUCGUGGGGCUUGUAUCAUUCCGUUUAAGAACAGCUCGAUUUUACUGGAUCUGAAGGCUUAUUGUCCUCCUAGAAGCUGGCUCGCGCUGCUGUAUUUUACGGGCCCAGAGGACUAUGUUCUUACGUUCUUUGCCAACCUAUUGAAGCAAUCACUGCGAGAGCUUCCUGACACCUCUUUCGAAUGCAUUUAUGCCAGUGUGGUUGAAGCUCUUGGACAGGAAGCGCUUCUCGAAAUCACAUCGGAGAAAGACCUCUUUGACCUCGUCGAUCGUGAGUAUGUGCAACCAACAGACCGAGUCUAG